GAACUGUGGGAUAGGCUCUGGUGAGCUUCAAAACCUGGAACAAAAACGACGAAGAAUCGAAAAGAGAAAAACACCCCUUUUGAGUAAUGCGAGUAUUCAAUUUGGCACAGAAAGACAGGCCAUUUGCAAAGCGAAGUUGAGAUAAACAACGCGAAGCUUUUACGCCACUUUAUCAGCCAUUUUCUUCGUGAAUUUCUUAUUCUCUAUCUCGGAGGAGACUCGAAUCUCAAGAUGCGUCAGACCCUCAUCAUCCUUCUCGUCCUCGCAGUCGUCGGGGCUGCCUUGGUCGAUGCAAGCAAGGCUGAUUUUCAACGUCGAGGCAUGGAACAGUGGAAGGGGAUUAGGGGCGGAAUGGAGCGAGGGAAAUCCAUCGGCAACCAAUGGAGGGCCCAGGACGAGGCCGGAAGAGAGCGUCGCGCUGGGGGCCAAAUGGUCAUUCCGAAGGUCCAGGAAGAGGCCGGAAGAGGGCGUCGUGCUGGAAUGAAGAACCUUCGAGGGAAGGUCAACAAACUGCAGAGCCCUAAUAGCGCUAAAGAGAUGUUCAAGCUUCGGACCAAGAAGGCUGCUGGGAAAGCCAAGUUGUCUAUGAUGGCGGGGCCGCCAACAGGCUAGGCUCCUAAAUGAAUUUCCGUAAUGACCGAUCUAGAGAUGAAUCCAACAUGAAGAGGGCGUUUUAGAAGCGACCAUAAACUUGUCUAGGAAUUUAAAUUGGUUCCGCGAUUUAAAGUUCAAGCUUAAAUGUGAAUGUAGGCACUUAUUAUUUACAGUGCAGAAAUUGGAAUCAACUUUAGAAAUUCGUAACUCGAUGUUAUUAAGAGCAGUACUAUAUAGUUAUUCGUAAUUAUACAUUUUCAAUCGUACUUCAAUACAUUUUCCUUCAUUUUAACACGGAUCUGAGCGCGGUCCCCCCCCCCCCUUUUUUUUUUUAAAGCCAAGAAUUAUCAUUCUUAAUUCAAU